GACUGGUAUAUCCCAACCAAAGUCUCGCGAGAGCUGCGAGAGACUUAGAGACACAUCAGCACGGAAAAUUUUGUCGUAUCUUUCCUCCAAAAACACUGACAAUGGAGGCCAUUAAAGAGAAACUGAACGCCAUACCGAGUCACAUGGACUACAAAGGACAGAAGCUAGCUGAGCAGAUAUUUCAGAUCAUCAUCGUUGUCUUUGCAGUGGUAGGGUUUGCCUGGGGAUACGUGUGUGAGCAGUUUGUGCAGACUGUGUACAUCCUAGUGGCAGGCUUCAUCCUAUCCUGCCUGUUGACCCUCCCUCCUUGGCCUAUCUACCGGAGGCACCCUCUACCAUGGCAGAAGCCUCGAGAUGACAGCAAGGAGGUAUCACAGAAGGAGAGCAAGAAGUCAGGGGGCAAGAAGAAAGAAAAGUCCAAAUAAUAUGUUUUAAGAUCAACCCAGGCCAAAUGUUAUACUAAAGCAAGUUAUUCAUUCCAAGUCAGGAUUACUGCAGAAAGAUUCAUGGUUUUCUACACUUGAUCAUAAUAUGUGCAAAGGUUCUCAAAGGAAGCAAUACAUUUAAGUUGUAUGAAUUUUAAUGUAUUUGUUUAAUAUUUAAGAUAAUUGAAAUACAAUGUAUUUUGGCUCUAUAUCUAUACUUCAUACAUGUACUAUCACAAGACUGUUGUAAAGAACAAAAACUUGACAUGUAUGUUACAAAGAUGCCCCCUACAUCAAGUACUUGCCUACUACAUGAAGAUAGCCUUUCUCCAAGUUGUGUAGACAGAUACAUGUAUUAUGAAGUAAGAAAAAAUAAAGGAAAUAUAGACAUCUCUCAAAAUGUUCUGAUCAGACUCUUUAUUUAUAGAAUGAGCUAAUGCCAGAAUAUUCAUACGCAAAAGCAUGGUAUUGUUUACAUCAUGUAAUUUAAUAGCUUAUACAUGUAUUUAUCUCAACCAUGGUAUCAUGCAGUUACCUAAUUUAUGUAUCACCACACAACAUAUUGGGUUCAUGGUUUGCCCCCAGUUCAUUGACCAA